CGUAAUUUCGUUGAAAGUGUUUGUUGCCUUAACCUCUAAGACACCUAACGUGAUUAUUAAAUUGGGGACAUCCAGAGGUCGGGUCCCAAAUAGUAAGUCGGGCCCUAGUUUCUUCGCCCCCACAAUCUCCGUCGAACUGGCGAUGGUCGAUAACUUCGAUGAUAUCAUCAACUGGGACGAUGUAGAUCACAUCUUCCACAACGUUCUAGACAAUCCCCACGAUGAUGAUCAAUUCACUCUUCAUGAUUCCUCCCCACAGACAUUCCAGCAGAUCGAGCAGCUUCUUAUGAACGAUGACGAUGUCGGUCUUGUCUCUUUUGAAGACGCUGAUCCUCAAUUUGCUGCCGACUUUCUCUCGGACGUCCUCGUCGAUUCCCCUCUUCACUCCGAUCAUUCUCACUCUCCUGCUGAGCAAGCCAUUGGAUUCACCGAUUCCAAGGUUUCUAGUGGAUCCGACGCCGAUCAGGACAAACACAAGUCGCCUUCUGACGGGGACGACGAACUAAACAACCAUGACCCUGUCGAUAAGAAGCGCAAGAGGCAAUUGAGGAACAGAGAUGCAGCUGUGAGGUCACGAGAGAGGAAGAAGUUGUACGUUAGGGAUCUUGAGUUGAAGAGUAGAUACUUUGAAUCAGAAUGCAAAAGGCUGGGGUUUGUUCUCCAGUGUUGUCUUGCUGAAAAUCAAGCUUUACGCUUCUCUUUGCAGAAUAGCAGUGCUAAUGGUGUUUCUAUGACCAAGCAGGAGUCUGCCGUGCUCUUGUUGGAAUCCCUGCUGUUGGGUUCCCUGCUUUGGUUCCUGGGCAUCACAUGCCUGCUCAUUCUACCCAGCCAAACCUGGUCAGUUCCAGAAGAAAAUCAGGGAAGCAGAAACCACGGGCUUCUCCUUCCAAUAAAGGAAGGAAAAAAGACUAGUCGGAUUUUGUUGUUCCUGUCCUUCAUGAUGGGCAAAAGAUGCAAAGCUUCAAGAUCGAGGAUGAGGUUCAACCCCCAUUCCUUGGGAGUUGUGAUGUGACUCGUUGUGAUCAAAUCCAUUCCCUUAGGUGGAUCAUGGUUCCUUUUGAGUUCUUUAGUUUUGUGUCAGAGAUUCUCUGUAUGUGUCUUGCUUUGACAUCUGAAGGAUGUAGUUCACUGUUAUUAGUUAAUGACUUUUGAGCUAUAUAUAUUAUCUAUGCAACUUUUUAA